GUGAGGCCUUGCCUGCAGACUUAAAUUUGAAAAGUCUACUUGUAAGCUUUGCCACUGAAGAGAAGUAAGAUGAAGUUCGUGUUGAAAUGUGGACUUAUGCUGAUAUCGCUCGUCUUGGCGAUUGGUUUGGCUUCAACAAUGGACCCUCUGUACUCAACGAGUACAACAAACUCGCCCAAAACUGGAGCAGAGAGUACCAGCUCACCCAAAACUGGAGCAGAGAGUACCAGCUCACCCAAAACUGGAGCAGAGAGUACCAGCUCGCCCAAAACUGGAGCAGAGAGUACCAGCUCACCCAAAACUGGAGCAGAGAGUACCAGCUCACCCAAAACUGGAGCAGAGAGUACCAGCUCACCCAAAACUGGAGCAGAGAGUACCAGCUCACCCAAAACUGGAGCAGAGAGUACCAGCUCACCCAAAACUGGAGCAGAGAGUACCAGCUCGCCCAAAACUGGAGCAGAGAGUACCAGCUCACCCAAAACUGGAGCAGAGAGUACCAGCUCACCCAAAACUGGAGCAGAGAGUACCAGCUCACCCAAAACUGGAGCAGAGAGUACCAGCUCACCCAAAACUGGAGCAGAGAGUACCAGCUCACCCAAAACUGGAGCAGAGAGUACCAGCUCACCCAAAACUGGAGCAGAGAGUACCAGCUCACCCAAAACUGGAGCAGAGAGUACCAGCUCACCCAAAACUGGAGCAGAGAGUACCAGCUCACCCAAAACUGGAGCAGAGAGUACCAGCUCACCCAAAACUGGAGCAGAGAGUACCAGCUCGCCCAAAACUGGAGCAGAGAGUACCAGCUCGCCCAAAACUGGAGCAGAGAGUACCAGCUCGCCCAAAACUGGAGCAGCGAGGACAACAGCUCGCUUGCCUACAACAACAAAAUACAAUGCAGGCGGCCUGCUGCGACCAACUAAACCCAUGUUGCUCCUGUUGCUGGCUGUCGUGCGUUACUUUUUGCUGAAUUAAUAAUGAAACUGAUUUUUGCAAAGGAAUUUUUUUUUAUUUACUUUUCAGAGCUUAGAAUAAACCACUGUUUGUACGGAAAUCGUCCCUAGGUAAAUGAUGUCCAAACAGCUGUUUUGUUCCACUUCAUCUAAAUCUUUAAAAAAAAUUUAACUUUAGGAAUACGAAACAAAACAAGAAAUUUUUCCAAAGUUCAUGAUGUCACUUUUUUUUACAUCGUUUUAUUAUUAUAUGCCUUAGUUUUUAAUAAUUAGUUGCUUUUUUUUCA